AUGAAUAAUAAUUUGGGAAUAAUGAAUAAUAGGUUUCAUGUGAAAGCAUUAUAGAAUAGAAAGAGGGUUUCAUCUCUUGAUCAUAAAUCAUAUUCAGAAUCAAAAGAAGGCAAAAAAAAAAAUGAAUACUAUUAAAGAUGGUUAACCACUUAGAAAGAAUCCAAUUAGAAUAUGAAAUCUGAAUCAAAUAUUGAAUCUGUUACACCUUCUACACCUAAAGCUUAGAUUCCUACAAAAAUUGAACCAAAACUUCUUAAAGACAUUGAGAGUAAAUAUUUCACAGCAUAGUAAUGA